AUGAAUAGUCGAACGGUGUCUGAUUUACAUAGAAAUGGUUUAUGUAUCUGUCAAUUGUGUACUUGUGGAAGACACUUUUGUCCCAAUCGAAGAAAUGCAAGUCACAUUAAAUUAGGUAAUGAAAAAGAAAAUUAUAUUUUGGAACGUGGUUUAUCAUCAUUAUCAAAUAUUGUACCAUGUAAACCUAAUAUAAUUAUUAAUCCUGCCAAUAAUGAAAUGACUUAUUCUGAAAAAGAAAGAUCAAAAUCAAUUUCAUCACCAAGAGAAAUUGAACAAUCUCAGGUAUCAAAAGAAUUGGGUAAUCAAAAUUCAAAAAGUGUUAUUGAAUUAAAUAACAAGAAUAUAAUUGAUAAAAGAAAUAGAUUUAUAACAUCGGCAACGAUUAAAAAACGUAACCAAGGAUCACAAAUAACAUUUGAUGAUUCUAAUACUAAUCUCCAUAUGAAAAGUAGUUAUGAAAUUAAUAAUGAAAGACUUCUAAAACACAGGAAACAACAAGAACCUGUAAGAAUUGUUAGAGGAAAUAAUUUAAGAACUAACCAAGAAAAUUUUACCUUAGGUACAAAUGAAAGAGAGUGGAUAACAAAUAGUAGAUUAGAAUAUAUACCAAAAAUAGGAGAUAGAUUUGGAUAUACAAAAUAUGAAAAUAAUAUACUUAUUGGAUUGGAAGGUGAACGUGAACCAAUGCAAUCAACUUCUCAUUUAGCAUAUAAAAAAUUUAUUGCUGAUCGUAAUAUUCCUCAAAAAAGAAAAGAUUCAAAUGGAGCAUUUCAAAAUGAUCAAACUUUUGAUGUAACAUCAACAACAAGAAAUGAUUAUGGAAUUAAAAGAGAAUCUAAAAGAAAUAUUAUAAAACCAAAAGAUAGUGAUUAUUGGGAAAGUAUUAAAGAAUUAAAUAAUUCUGAUCCUUCAUUUAAUAUAAAAGAUUAUGGAAGAGCACAAAAAGGUGAACGUUAUGAUACUAUUCGUCAUUCUGAUAACAUAUUAUUUGAUCCUGAUAUUCAUUCAAAUUUUAAUACAAUUACACAAUCAGAAUAUGGUCCAAAAAUUGGAGAUCGAUUUGCAAUAUCUCACCAUGAACCAUCAGACAUUUGGAAGAAAGAAGGAAAAAUGGAUGAAAUUUCUAAUACACAUGAUAAUUAUAAACCAAUUAAAGGUGAAAGAUUUAAUGUUAUUAGACCACAUGAUUCAGAUAUAUUAAAAGGAGAUGGAAAUUUACAAAAUGAAACAUCUUAUAGUUUAACAUAUAAAGGUGGAAUUGGGGAACGUUAUGAUAGAAAAAUACCUAGUGAUACAUUGAAUUUAAAGGAUGAUGACGUUUUUAGUGGUGAUACAAAUUAUUCCAAAACUUUUAAAAAAGUUGAAGGAGAAAGAUUUGACAUGAUUCGUCCAAGAGAUUCUAAUGUGUUAUGGGGAGAAGGAAAUAUUGAAAGAGAAACAUCAUAUAGUUUGAUGCACAAAGGUGGUCAGGGGGAACGUUAUGAUGUUAGAAAACCCCAAGAUUCAAAUAUAUUAAAAGGGGAAGGAAAAUUUAUGGAAACUUCAAGUUAUAAUACACAUUUUACAAAUGAAAAAGGUGAACGUUAUCCUGUUCAAAGAAUCUCUAAUUCUAACUUUUUAAUUGGUGAUGGUAAUCUUGAUUUAUCAACCAAUUACCAAAAUAAUUAUGGUAAUUUCAAGGGUGAUAGAUAUGAAAUGAAACGUCCACAAGAUUCUAAUAUUUUUAAAAAUGAUGGUGCUAUUGAAAGAGAAUCAAGUUAUAGUAAUACUUUUAAAAAUUUUAUAGGUGAAAGAUAUGAGAUAAAAAGGCCACAGGAUUCAAAUUUAUUAAAAAAUGAUGGAGAAAUUCAAAGAGAAACAUCAUACAAUUCAAUUCAUAAAGGUGGAAUUGGUGAAAGAUAUGAUGUUAAACGUCCCCAAGAUUCAGAUAUAUUAAAAGGAGAUGGUAAUUUCCAAUAUGAAACAUCUUAUGGCUCAACACAUAAAGGUGGUAUUGGAGAACAUUAUGAUGCUAAAAAAUUAGAAGAUUCUAAUAUUUUUAAUCUCAAUGAACCAUUUAUUGGAGAGUCAAGUUAUAAUAAUUCAUUUAAAAAUACUUACGGAGAGAGAUAUAAUGCCAAAAUACCGCAAAAUUCAGAUUUAUUUAAAAAUGAAGGUGGUAUUGGGGAAAGAGCUGAAAUUAAACGACCACGAGAUUCAGAUAUAUUAAGAAAUAAUGAUCCAUUUAUUGGUGAAUCAAGUUAUAAUAAUACUUUUAAAAAUUUGCAUGGUGAAAGGUAUGCUGUUAAAAUACCACAAGAUUCUAAUAUUUUAAAGAGUGAUGAGGCAAUUGAUUUUAAAACUAAUUAUAAUGAUAAUUUUAUUAACAUUAAAGGAGAAAGAAAUAAGAUGAAACAAUUUCAUGAUUCAAAUAUAUUAAAAGGUGAUGGACAAUUUUCUAAUGAGACAUCAUAUAAUUUAGUUCAUAAAGGUGGUAUUGGGGAACGAUAUGAUGUUAAACGUCCACAAGAUUCUAAUAUAUUAAAAGGUGAUGGUACUUUUGGUAAUGAAUCAAAUUAUAGUACUGAAUUUAAAGAUAUUAGAGGAGAAAGAUUUAAUCUUAUAAAACCACAAGAUUCAAAUUUAUUAAAAGGAGAUGGAGAAAUUCAAAGAGAAACAUCAUACAAUUCCAUUCAUAAAGGUGGAAUUGGUGAAAGGUAUGAAAUCAAACGACCACAAGAUUCAAAUAUUUUAAAGUAUGAUGGUGAAUUUGAAAAAGAAAGUACAUAUAAAAAGACUUAUAAUGUUACAAAAGGAGAUCGAUAUGAAGUUAUUCACCAUCCUGAAAAUGAAAUUUUUGAUAGAAAUUUCAAAUUAGAAAAUGAAAAAACAAUUUAUAGAGAAAAUUAUCAUAAUUUUGAUGUAAUUAAACAAAAUAAACCUAUUAUUCCAAAUACUAAUCUUAAGUUAGAAGGUGAAAGAUCAUUUGAAAGUAGUUAUAAAACUGAAUUUAUGCAACAUCCCCCAGAAAAAUGUAUGGCAUAUGAAUUAAUGAAAAAAUUAGAUAUGGAUACAGAACAUUUUAAAUUUAAUACUAUUGAAGAUGGUCAUCACUAUUAUGAAGCGAAAUCAGUUGAACCCUAG